ACACCAUGGCCAAGGCUAGAGCACUGGGUGGUCCAUUGAACUUGGAAGCUAACCCUACCCCUACAAAUGACUAUAACGACGACCGGGGUACGAAAGCCAAUCCUAUCAAUAUAAAAGAUGAUAACGAGGUGGAGGGCUCUGAAACCAACCCUAUUGUUAUAAAUGACGAUGCCGACGCCUUAGGCAAGCAGGAAAUACCAGUGCAGAGAAGCUUUACCGGGGAUACGGAGCCUUUAGGUACGCCUGAAUUCUGGGCAAUGUUGGGCAAUUCGCGUGACCAGGGCUUUUACGUUCCAUCAUCUCAGUCGGUCUACAGUCAAAUUUCCGAUUGUACUUGUUCCCCUGAACCUGAAUCCAUUCCCAAGGACGAGCUGGAGGAAAAAGGAACCGAAGUCGCUAAGUCUGAUAAUGACAAAGAAAGUACGACUAUGGCCGCAGCCCCACCAAUCAAAUAUGAGAGCCGUUGUCGGGUAGCAGAAACCAGCACGAUAUCUUGUGAUCAACACAACUUUACGUGGUCUAGUCAAGGGGAUGAGUUGAAACUAUCUACUGAGGCUAGCCAAACCGAUAAUGGCCAUCCGUCCCAUUCACAGAGAUCCGGCAAACGCCAAAGAGCGCCCGAAGGAGCGAAACAUUCUUGGAACAGACGAUCAAAGCGCCUAGCGAACAAGGAGAGAAAAUGA